AUUUUGGGAUGUGCGCAUGCGUGUUAACAAACGCCAACAUUGGUAGCUUUAGCUUCAGCCAAGAAACAGGCCUUCAAGAAAAAAGAAGAGUGUUGAAGAGCUGAAAAUAGAACAGAUAACAGAUUGACAGAUCUCAAUGCACCUCUCCCCCAUGCGAUGCAGAUUUACUAUGGGUUGGCUUGCAUUGUUUGCUGUGCUCAGCGCUCUCUGUAUAACAACAGAGAGUGCUCACCUACCAGAGGGAAUGGGCAAUAAAUGCUUUCAUGAACCAGGAAAGGUUACAGCAAAGGUUCACCAGGGAGGCAGUACAGUUGGUGCUCGAGAUAAGAGACAGAGAACAUAUGAACCUAUUAGGAUACUCUUCUACUAUGACACCACCAUUGACACCAUGCUGAACCCUACUCAACGGAGCAGACUUCAGGACAUUGCCAUUCCGACAAUAAAAAGUUUUUUGGAGUCCUCUUUCUCUGUAAUCAGAGCCACGAGUCCUAUUUUGCUCGAGCGAGAAUGUGAUGAGCAGUCUUUCUACACGCCUGUUGAAGACCCUAGACAGUGUAUUGGACAGUGUGCUGAAACACCAGUGUGCCAUCUGGUACCAAUCCCUGAAGAUCAUCUCAAGAGAUGUGUUGAGUGUAACAAUGGCAGUGUGUCCAACUGUACGACAAGACCUGGAUCAGUGGAUGGUCCUGGUGUGUCCGACACUGACCUCAUCAUCUAUGUGUCGGCCAUCGAUUGCUCUCCUUUUGGUCCUGGAAUUUUUGCGUUUGCUAGUUCCUGUCAACUAGAAAGUGAACUAGAUAGACCAAUUGCCGGCUUUAUCAACUUCUGUCCAGGAAGUUAUGACAACCUCGAUGAUGAUACUUUAACCAGAAAUGGACUCCACGAAGUGCUACAUGUAUUGGUCUUCAGUCCUACACUGUAUCCAUGGUUUCGUGAUGAGAACGGUAAUCCCAGGACUGAGAGAGAUGAAUUUGAUUUUCCACCUGGUGAGGCUGGUAACACUACAGUACAGACAGAGACGUACACUGAUUGGUCAACAAGGAAUGGACUUGUCGAACAUAACGUUUCCUUGCUUAUCACUCCAAACGCCGUUGAGCAAGCUCGUAUCCACUAUGAUUGUCCUGACAUCCAUGGUGUUGAACUUGAGAAUGGAGGAGGUGAAGGAACAGCUUCUGCUCAUUGGGAACUGAGAACACUUGGAAAUGAAGGGAUGACUGGUUUCCUACUGUUUAGUGCUCCAUUCUCAAGAAUCACUUUUGGUCUUAUGGAGGACAGUGGAUGGUAUCUUCCAAACUAUGAAAUGGCCGAGCCUUUGGCCUGGGGCCUGAACACCGGCUGUGCAAUACCUCACGGCAGCUGUAGGGAACACAUCACUCAACAACAAGCAAAUGGAAUGAACAUAUCCCCCUACUGCGAUGAACUUGAUGACACCACUCUUGGGUGUACUGUCAAUCAUGAGUAUAUGUCGACUUGUGUCCAUUCUAGCCAGGCAUUUCCACCUCCCGAGUUUCAAUUUUUCGAACAUGAGGCUUGGGGUAGCCCAUUUUCAGCACCUGAUUACUGCCCGUUUGAAUUAGCCGUUCUUUCGACAAGAUGUUCAGAUGUUUCCAACAAUCCAAUUAUAAACGAUGGUGGUCAGUUGUAUGGAACUGGCUCUCGCUGCUUCCAGUUGGGCAGAGACUGGACCAAAAACGAUAACGGUGUCACUGGAGCGUACAAUAUGGAUGCAGGAUGUUAUAUGUAUAACUGUACAUCAUCAGGAGUUGAGAUCAUUCUGGAGGGUGUGUCCAUUCCGUGCUCUUGUGAAGGAGAAGAGAUUGUUGUGGAUGUCAAUGUCGGCAGUGUUCGUUACCAAGGCUCGUACAUCUGUCCAUCUUGUGCCAGUGUGUGCUACGAUGACUUGGCAAGUUGUCCAUCAACAGAACCAGCUCCGUGUCCAGGACAAGUAACUAACUUCACUGCAGGAGUACCAAGUCCAUGCCUAUCUAGUCCUUGUGAUGUCAAUGCUGUGUGUACCAGUGAUUUGAAUUCUGAUUUCACGUGUGCCUGCAACUCCGGAUAUGUUGGAGAUGGUUUCACUUGUGACAUAUUAGCUUCUGGGUCUGGGUCUGGUGAACUUGAUUGUAAGUGUAAUAGGAGUGUGAAGUGUAGCAUCGAGGGGAAGCUGACUGGCCAAUCAGAAGCUAAUGUGACUGGUACGGAGCUCAUUGUCAAGUGUAUUAUCAUGUUCUCAAAUGAGGGGAUUGAUACUGGAUCAGGCAGCAACUUUGUGAUAGACGAGUCAUUCUUGACUACUGAGUACUUGUCUUUAGGAUCUCUCUUAUUCCUCUGUACACUGGGGGUGGUAGAAAGCAAUCUUACUGAUUGUGCAGUGCCAAAUGGAACUAUUCAGAGUAUUCGUCAGUUAACGUACAUUAAGAAUGAUGGAUCUUUUAGCAGCUGCCAUAAUGUGACAGUUGACAGUAAUGACCAAUUUGAUGAUCUCGGUCUGGACGAUGAUAACCAGUGCUCCUUGGACCGUGAAAACCAGUGCUCCUUGGACUGUGAAAACCAGUGCUCCUUGGACUGUGAAAACCAGUGUUCCUUGGACAUGCUACGUGACUGGCUCUCCUCACAACCCUCCACAACAGAGUGCAGACAGGCGACGGUUGGAAAAAGCACCGACAUUUUCUUUAUUGCUGAGUGCUCGAAUAUGGGUAGUUAGUCUAACUCUUUGACCUUUACCUAUAUAUAUAUAUAUAUAGAUAGAUCGAUGUGACUCUCCUUUAUUCACAUACAUUAGUACUAGAGAUUCUAGUCUAUAUUUGGCAUGCAUGGACAACGUACGCACAUUUAUUUGUAGGACCUUUUAAUAUUACUUUGUUAGUGUAUUCCUUAUAAUACCACAUUUGUAGGACCUUUUAAUAUUACUUUGUUAUGUAUUCCUUAUAAUACUAUCACAUUUUGCCAUAACAA